AUGUCAGAAUAUUCAACAUUCUCACCAUUACAUUCUGAGAAUAGUGCAGAAUCUCCUCAUACACCAUUUUUGAUGGAUAAGAAUAACGCACAAGCACCAUUGACUAUUCCACACACCAUUGCGUUACAAGAUGACGUCGAAAUCAAGAAAGAAACGACUAUAAUUGUGAAAAGAGGGAAGACCAAUAUUGAACGAUUGCUUCUGAUACUUGCGAUUCUGAUUCUAAUUGCCACUAUUAUUAUUUUGAUAUUAGUUGUUAUUAGACUGCCACCUAAAGGCAAUACAACAGUUACUAGCAACAGAAAAGUGGUUUUUAUUAUUGCUGAUGGCAUAUCCGCUGAUACAUUAGAGAGUUUACCUGUUCCUAACAUUAGAAAAAUUCAAGAAACUGGUCGAUAUAAAAGAGCAUAUGUCGGAGGUGACAUUGGCACAUAUUCCCAGACUGUAACAAUAUCCGCACCUGGUUAUAUGAACUUGAUUACAGGUACCUGGGGCAAUAAACACAAUGUUUAUGACAAUUCAGUCAACAACCCGAACUACAAUUACAAGAAUAUUUUUCGAUUAGUUAAAGAACAGCAACCAACAAAAACGAUUGCUAUCUUCUCUACAUGGAUUACUAAUCGUAUUCGAUUGGUUGGCGAAGGUUUAACAAGCGCCGGAAAUCUCAUGUUUAAUUACAAAUAUGAUGGCUAUGAAUUAGAUUUAAACACAUAUCCACACGACUCGAAUAGUCUUUAUAUUUAUAACAUUGACGAACGUGUUGUCAAUGAAACAGCGGAGUGCAUUAGAGAUAACGGUCCGGAUGUCUCAUGGGUGUACUUGCAAUACACAGAUGAUAUAGGACAUAAAUAUGGUGACAGUGAACAGAUGAAUCAAGCAGUUGAAUACGUCGAUCAACAAGUCGGACGAAUUUAUGAAGCAAUUCAAUAUCGGCAAGCAAAUCACAAAGAAGAAUGGCUACUUAUUUUAACAACAGAUCACGGCCGAGAUGCAAAUACCGGUCAAAACCACGGUGCUCAAACCGAAAGAGAAAGAACUACGUGGAUAGUAACUAAUUAUCAUGAUACUAAUCGUUACUUCGACGAAUAUCAACCGGCUAUUGUCGAUUUCAUGCCAACGAUGAUGAGAUUUUUAAAAUUAGAGAUUCCAACUGAAUCCGAAAAAGAACUAGAUGGUGUUCCAUUAAUCGGUCAAGUUUCAUUAGUUAAACCUCAAGUUAAUUUAUCUGGAAGUACAUUAAGUGUUCGAUGGAAGUCGUUAGACAAUGCCGGAAAUGUUAAGGUAUGGUUAACUACGACGAAUGCGUACAAGAAAGGAUUGACCGACGAUUAUAAAUUGCUUGGUACUGUGCCAGUAACUAAUCAACAAGCUGUGUUCAACAUAACACAGUAUCAAUCUAACUUCUACAAGAUUGUCUUGGAAGGUAAAUACAAUACGGUUAACAAAUGGAUAGUUUAA